GCUGGAGCAGAAGGAAUGAAGCAGGGAGCAUCAGGGGAGGAGGUUACAGUUCCUCUCAGUCAUCUCAUCAGUGCCUUCCAUUCACCAAAAACCAUAUUUGUUGCUGUCAGUACAUCAGUUUCUCAAAACCAGCAUAGAGAUGUAGUUCCUGAGCAUGAGGCUCUCAGCAAUGAGCCUUCACUUAAUUUAAGGGACCUUGGAUUAUCUGAAUUGAAAAUUGGACAGAUUGAUUAACUGGUAGAAAAUCUACUUCCUGGAUUUUACAAAGGCAAAAACAUUUCUUCCCACUGGCAUACAUCUCAUGUCUCUGCACAUUCUUUCUUUGAAAAUAAAUAUGGUUACUUAGAUAUGUUCAGUACUUUGCGUUCCUCUUGCUUAUACAGACAACAUCCAAGAACUCUCCAAAGCAUUUGUUCAGAUCUUCAUUACUGGCCAGUUUUCAUACAGUCUCGGGGUUUUAAAACUUUAAAAUCAAGGACCAGACGUCUACAGUCCACCUCUGAAAGAUUAGCAGAGACACAGAAUAUAGCACCAUCAUUCGUGAAGGGGUUUCUUUUGAGGGACAGAGGAUCAGAUGUUAAGAGUUUGGACAAACUCAUGAAAACUAAAAACAUACCUGAAGCUCAUCAAGAUGCAUUUAAAACUGGUUUUGCGGAGGGUUUUCUGAAAGCGCAAGCAUUAACACAAAAAACAAAUGAUUCUCUAAGGCGAACUCGUCUGAUUCUCUUUGUUCUGUUACUGUUUGGCAUUUAUGGACUUUUAAAGAACCCAUUUUUAUCUGUCCGCUUCCGAACAACCACAGGGCUUGAUUCUGCAGUAGAUCCUGUCCAGAUGAAAAAUGUCACCUUUGAACAUGUUAAAGGAGUGGAGGAAGCUAAACAAGAAUUACAAGAAGUUGUUGAAUUCUUGAAAAAUCCACAAAAAUUUACCGUGCUUGGAGGUAAACUUCCAAAAGGUAUACUUUUAGUUGGACCCCCAGGCACUGGAAAGACACUUCUUGCCCGUGCUGUGGCAGGAGAAGCUGAUGUUCCUUUUUAUUAUGCUUCUGGAUCAGAAUUUGAUGAGAUGUUUGUCGGUGUGGGAGCCAGCCGUAUCAGAAAUCUUUUUAGGGAAGCGAAAGCAAAUGCUCCUUGUGUUAUAUUUAUUGAUGAAUUAGAUUCUGUUGGUGGAAAGAGAAUUGAAUCUCCCAUGCAUCCAUAUUCAAGGCAGACUAUAAAUCAACUGCUUGCUGAAAUGGAUGGUUUUAAACCCACUGAAGGAGUAAUCAUUAUAGGAGCCACAAACUUUCCAGAGGCAUUAGAUAAUGCCUUAAUACAUCCUGGUCGCUUUGACAUGCAAGUUACAGUUCCAAGGCCAGAUGUAAAAGGUCCAACAGAAAUUUUGAAAUGGUAUCUCAAUAAAAUAAAGUUUGAUAAAUCUGUUGAUCCAGAAAUCAUAGCUCGAGGUACUGUUGGGUUUUCUGGAGCAGAGUAAGAGAAUCUUGUAAACCAAGCUGCAUUAAAGGCAGCUGUUGAUGGAAAAGAUAUGGUUACCAUGAAGGAACUAGAGUUUUUCAAAGAUAAAAUUCUAAUGGGGCCUGAACGAAGAAGUGUGGAAAUUGAUAACAAAAAUAAAACCAUCACAGCCUAUCAUGAAUCUGGUCAUGCUAUUAUUGCAUAUUACACAAAAGAUGCAAUGCCUAUUAAUAAAGCUACAAUCAUGCCACGAGGGCCAAUACUUGGACAUGUGUCCCUGUUGCCUGAGAAUGACAGAUGGAAUGAAACUAGAGCCCAGUUGCUUGCACAGAUGGAUGUUAGUAUGGGAGGAAGAGUGGCAGAAAAAGAAGAUCAAACCUAA